UAGGCAUGGGAAAAAAUAAACUCUAGGAUUAAAUGACACAAACUACAUACAGAUUAGUUCUGCAAGCAGAAAUGUACAGUAUACAGAGAUAAUCCGGGUGAUUUUUUGUAAUAAUUGCCAAUAACACAUUCAAAACUAGUUAGCGAAUGAUACUGGCAGCUGUCCGAUGGCAGAGAAUGCGACAAAUGGAUACUGUACGCAAUUUAGGGAUAUUGUUCAACGCUUGUCAAUAUAGCUGCGCUCUUCGGUGGCUCCUUAACAGUUCACCCAGGCUCCGGAAGGGGCCUUCACUCCCCAGAAAGACGACACCCUUUGCCACGUAAUUGUUGCCCUGAUAUCUGCAGCCAGAGUUGGCGGCUCUAACGUCCUACUAUCGUUGGCUGCAAUCCUAUCCACCCGUUUUGCCCAACCUAUCGCAAGCCAACCGCUGCCUGGUUGCUGGAUUAAUAGUUUGGGGGGGGGAGCCAAGCCCACUCAACUGCGUGAUCCCAGUGCCCGAGCUGACUUCGCAGGAGCCUCCAUCGGCUUGACCUUUUCUGUCUGAUUGAGCUAAGUUUAGGCAGGGCCCUCCUGAGAUUGAGGUUCACACAUUAGUUAGCGGGGCUGACUCUAGUUCUCCGCCCAAGGUGCCGCGCUCCGGCCUUCCUCCAAAGCGCCGUCCUCUGAGGAGGUGUCCAAGGCACCACUUUCGCUUUCAGCCGGCUCCUUUGGCGCUGCCCCAACUCUGCUCCGGGGAAACGAGGGCGGGGCGGAGCGGGGCGGCGCUGCCUAUCUCAGUCACGCGGACGAAGGCCGUGUAAACACCGCCAGAUGGGUCCGCCGGCGGCAGAAAUGAGCAGGCUGUUGUUCCCGCGGUCACCGUCCUGCCGCUAUGGAAGAUAGCCUGGUCCGCGCCUUCGGGGGCCUCAGCCUCCAGCAGCCCCGCCGUGCCCGAGGCAGGCCCCCUGCUCGCCGCUUCAGCAAAAGCCUCUAUUUGCUCCGCGGCCUGCCCGGGUCAGGCAAAAGUACUCUGGCCAGGCAACUGAAACGUGAAUUUCCUAAUGCAGUCAUUUUUAGUACUGACGAGUACUUCAUCACAGAAGAUGGCACCUAUGAAUUUAAUCCUGAUUGUUUGAGAGAUGCACAUAAGUGGAAUCAGGAAAGAGCACAUAAAGCUAUGAAGAAUGGGAAAUCUCCAGUUAUAAUUGAUAAUACCAACAUCCACGCUUGGGAAAUGAAGCCAUAUGUGAUAAUGGCACUUGAAAACAGAUACGAAGUUAUAUUUCGGGAGCCAGAUACACGUUGGAAGUUCCAUGUUCGGGAAUUAGCUCGACGUAAUCAUCAUGGUGUUCCAUUUGAGAAAAUACAAUGGAUGAAAGACGAAUAUGAGCAUGAUGUUACCUUCCAUACAGUGCUUCAUUCUGAAGAACCAGCCAGAUACUGCAAUUCUGGACGUUAUUCUCGUCUGAAUUCAGCUUUUUCCAACAACAGAAUGAAUAGGUCAUGAAAUUGAAGGAUUUUAAUAAGAAGACAGUGGGAGACUUUAGUGGGAUUUUAUAGAUUUUAUCAAUUGGUAUAUUGUUUUAGAUUCUUAGCAAUUUUCUAUUUUUCUACUGAACUAAAAUAGGUCUUAACCCAAUUAAGCUUGAUGUUCCAGAAUUCUUGCAGACUUUAAAGAAAAUUAUAGAAGAAAUAAUUUAAAUAUGAACCAUAAUCUGUUGUUUUUUCACAUUUUUAGUUUAUUCUUUUCUGCAAUCAUUUUAAAACUAGGCUUUAUAUUCACACAAAAAAUUAGAGGGUGGCACCUAUUCAGGUCUACACAUUUCAGCCAAAUACCAUAUUGAACUGUUGGCAUUAAAAUGCUAACUGUGAUAUAUGAUAUAUCAUUUUCCAAGUCCUCAUACAUUAACAAGAGCAAUUCUAUGGUAGUAGCAGCCAUGAAUGUGUUGUAUUUCUCACUAAGGUCAAAAAUAGGACUCCAGUCAAAUGGCAGGAAUCUUUUCUAUUUGCACUUUACCAGUGUCCAAGUCUGACUGUGUUCAGUGUACCAGAAGGCUGAGCCUUCAAGAGAACCAGACCAAACAUUUUAUGAAUGGAUGCGAGUGAAGCUUUUGAGCUGCAGGAUAAGGAAACCAUGAAGCUGCGCCCAAAACCAGCACCGAUUUGUGAAAUCCCCAGAAGUAGUACAGAUAAAUUGUAAUAGUUGUUAAGUAGUAUAUGUCAUAAGAUCUUGUUUCUUGAGUCCUAUAGAUUCUAUGUUCCAGAUUCUGUUUUUAAAAUGUGUAUCCAUGGUAUGUAGCUUUUUUUUACUUUUCUGCUUUUGGAUUUUCCCUUUAAAAAAUCCUAUUCAGUGCACUUUAUUGUUCAAAGAGAUGAGGUACUUUAUUAGCUCUCUAAUUUUGAAUUCCUGGUUCUGAUGGAUUUUAUCUAUCUGGUAGUAAUUUGCUAACAUAAAAACAGUACAGAGCAAAAGUACAACCUCAGUUUAUUUUUAUUCUACAGAAAUGGUAAUUUUGUAGACUUUGGUCUUUGUGAAACCAAAAGAUGCAUCUCAACUUUCCUAUUAAGUAAUAAAUACUUAGAUGUGAGUUAGAAACCAGCAUAAAUGUUAAAAACUAGAUAGUGGCUAAAACCAAAAUAUUGAAAUUAUUACCGCUGCUAUUAAUAUUGAUUGAAAGAAUAAGUUUUUUCUCUUUUUAAAAACUUUUUCACUUUAUAGCAUAAACUGGAUUCUUUUUCUCUUGAUCUGGUUUCUGUUAAUUCUUUAAAAAUUAGCCAGAACAUUCUAUUAUUUUUUAAAAUGUUCAUUAUACUUUAGGGAGACUAUUCUACCAACAGGUUCCAAUUUUAGGUACCCCAAGCCCAAUGAAAUUUGUGAAGCAUAUCAAACAAGAUGAUAUAAUUAAAUAUGAUAGGAAUUCAACAUAUCAUUUUGCAAUGCAUUUAACUUUUGUCAUGGAUAUUAUGUUUUAUUAUGAAAUUUUGGCUACUUUAUGCAAACAAAUAUAUACAGAUAAUGAUCAUUGUAUUCAUACUUGGAAACUGCUUACUGUAAUAGUUUUGUACUGGAUAGUUUAGUGUUCAGGGACAUAUUUGUCAUUAGGCUUUAGAGAUCACUGUAAUAAUAAUGUAUCUUUUUGCAGAACUCAGUUCCUUGCAAUAAAAAAAUUAUUUACAUUUAUUUCCCCAGUGUUAGUGGAAGGAUCCCUGAAAAUAUUUCUGAAAUAAGUUAUAGAUCAGGUGAUAUCAUCCUCAUUUGUAAAUAUUAAAGGAUUAGGAAUCAUUUUCUUUUUUCCCCUUCUUUAGGAAAAUUUGAUGCUAUUUUAAUAGUCUAUUUUGAUGCUAUUUUAAUAGAAAAACAAGAAAAAUCCAUUUCUGCAACCUUUUAAACUAUUCUUGUGUUAAGCCAUUUGUGCAAAAGCUAACUUUGACAUAAGAUGCAUUGAAUAUUUGGAAAACUUUAAAUUUGAGAUAAAAAUUUGAAACUAGUAACUUCUGAUCCAGAAAUGUACCUGUGGCUUACAUAUCAGGAAUUUGUAACAGUUGUUCUUACUGAAGUGUCUUAAAAUGCUUGUUUUGAGCUAAAAUUGUGUAAUAAACAAAUCUAAACAAACAUUUACAAUGUUCAUAGUUUUAAAAGGUAAUUCACACAUUAAAUAUAAACUAUAUUAA